GCCGCCAUUAUGAACAUCCGCAAUGCUCGGCCAGAUGACCUGAUUAACAUGCAGCACUGCAACCUUCUCUGCCUUCCUGAGAACUACCAGAUGAAAUACUAUUUCUACCACGGCCUUUCCUGGCCCCAGCUUUCUUACAUUGCUGAGGACGAGGACGGGAAGAUCGUGGGCUACGUCCUGGCCAAAAUGGAGGAGGACCCAGAUGACGUCCCCCAUGGACAUAUCACCUCACUGGCGGUGAAGCGUUCACACCGGCGCCUCGGCCUGGCCCAGAAGCUGAUGGACCAGGCCUCCCGGGCCAUGAUAGAGAACUUUAACGCCAAGUACGUGUCCCUGCACGUCAGGAAGAGUAACCGAGCAGCUUUGCACCUCUAUUCUAACACCCUCAACUUUCAGGUUAGUGAGGUGGAACCCAAAUACUAUGCAGAUGGGGAAGAUGCCUAUGCUAUGAAGCGGGAUCUCUCACAGAUGGCAGAUGAGCUGAGAAGGCAGCUGGAGCUGAAGAAGGGCGGGUAUGUGGUGCUGGGCUCCAGGGAAAACCAGGAAACCCAGGGAAGCACACUUCCUAGUUCCAAAGCGGGUGGUCAGGAGGAGAAGAACCCCGCCGCUGAUGAUAGUGGCAGUGACAGCAAGGAACCCAGCGAGUCUGCGGAGAGCACCGAAGUCCAGAACAGCUCCGAAGAUUCAGAUUCUACCUCCUAG